AUGUUACUCUCCAAAGAUGACACUCUGCACUAUACCUACGAUUCCGAACGGGUUCAGAUCGAAGCCUGGGGUCCGAAUGCCCUUCGGAUUCGUGCCACCAAGUUUCAUACCCUGCCGUCGGAAGACUGGGCUUUGACAAUUUCGCCGCCCAAGACCGAUGUAUCUAUUUCUAUGAAUGAUGGGCAUGCAUCAAUCAGCAACGGCAAUAUCUGUGCCACGAUAUCUUCGCGGGGAAAGAUUACUGUCAAGAAUUCCAAGGGCGAGUUACUGCUUGAAGAGUACCAGCGCAACCGUUCGGAUGUCGAGGAUCCAAAAUGCAGCGCCUUGAUGAUCGAAGCAAGGGAGUUCAAGCCCUUGAUGGGUGGUGACUACCAUUUGACCUACCGUCUGGAAUCCAUUGAUCGGAAUGAGAAGAUCUACGGCAUGGGCCAGUAUCAGCAACCAUUUCUUGACCUCAAAGGACUGGACCUGGAAAUGGCCCAGCGCAAUUCUCAGGCAAGCGUGCCUUUCAUGCUCUCUAAUCUAGGAUACGGCAUGCUAUGGAACAACCCAGCCGUCGGCAGAGCUGUACUGGGGAAGAACACGAUGAGCUUUGAGGCCUAUUCCACGAGGGUGCUUGAUUAUUGGGUUGUGGCUUGUGACACCCCCACCCAGAUCAUCGAAGCUUACGCGGACAUCACGGGCAAGGUACCGAUGAUGCCUGAAUACGGACUGGGCUUUUGGCAGUGCAAAUUGAGAUAUCAGACUCAGGAAGAGCUCUUGGAUGUUGCACGAGAGUAUCGGAAACGCAAUUUGCCGCUCGAUGUCAUCGUGGUGGAUUUCUUUCAUUGGCCGAAGCAAGGAGAAUGGAAGUUUGACCCCACAUACUGGAAAGACCCCGGUGAGUCUGCCAUGCGAAGACUGUUAUCGACGUGGAAGGAGUCGGCGACGGAGUCAGCGCCUGAAUUCCACUUUCCCCCUCCUCCUUCCGCCAUCAAACUCCAACUCGACUCUUUCUCGCCGCACUCUACCCCUGAAAAGGGCCCUGCCAUCAAGGAGCUCAAGUCGAUGAACAUUGAACUCCUUGUCUCCAUCUGGCCGACAGUCGACAAACGAUCUGAAAACUACGAGCACAUGCUGGAAAACGGCCUUCUGAUCCGGCAAGACCGAGGACUGCGGAUCUCGAUGGACUUUCAAGGAGAGACCGUCCACGCUGAUUUUACGAAUCCGGCCACAAGAGAGUUUGUCUGGAAUACUGUCAAGAAGAAUUACUACGACAAGGGUGUGAAGCUUUUCUGGCUUGACGAGGCGGAGCCAGAGUACAGUGCCUAUGACUUUGAUAUUUAUCGGUACCAUAGCGGGAGUCUCUUGAGCACCGGGAACGCAUAUCCGGUGGAAUACGCCAAGGCCUUCUAUGAGGGAAUGGUGAGGGAUGGCAAACAGAAGGACGUCUGCAACCUUAUCCGCUGUGCUUGGGCCGGGAGUCAGAAGUUUGGGACGUUGCUGUGGAGCGGUGACAUUGCAAGCAGCUGGGAUAGUUUUCGAGACCAAUUUGCCGCCGGUUUGAAUGUGGGGAUUGCGGGCAUCCCAUGGUGGACUACAGACAUUGGUGGCUUUCAUGGAGGAAAUCCCAAGUACCCUGAGUUCCGUGAGCUCUGCACUCGAUGGUUCCAAUACGGCUGUUUCUGCCCUGUCUUCCGCCUCCAUGGCGAUCGUGAGCCCAAGCAGCCCCAACACGGCACCACCGGUGGCGCGACCUGCCUCUCCGGGGCGCCGAACGAAAUCUGGUGCUACGGCGAAGAGUGUUACCAGAUCAUGAAAAAGUACCUUUUCCUGCGCGAGAGACUCCGUCCGUACAUCCGCGACCUCAUGGUCCAAGCACACAGCAAGGGCACGCCGGUGAUCAGGACCUUGUUCCUGGUGUUUCCUGGCGACAAGAGGUGUUGGGAGGUCGAGGACCAGUACAUGUUUGGACACCAGUAUCUCGUCGCGCCGGUCAUGUACCCGGGCAUGACCACGAGGACGGUGUACCUGCCGAGGGGUGCCACGUGGAAAAGGUUCGAUGAUGGGGAUGUCCAAGAGGGGCAGACUUUUGUGGGUGGAAGGGAGGUUCAGGUGGAUUGUCCACUGGACGUGAUGCCUGUGUUUGAGCGAAUUUGA